AUGUCUCAACGCGUACAGCUAUUCGUGGACAAGUUCGGGCAGCCUCUCCGUGUCUUUGUGGAGGCCUCAAGCGUCCUGCAGCGUCCCAAACUCAUCAGGAAAUUACGAAAUGCGGGUGCUGUGAUAAGCCAUGGGCCCGCGGAAGCACAGAUCAUAUUGGUCAAUCCAGUCACUGAGGCAGGAACAAAGUUCGUGGCGGAUUGGGGCUCGGAUCCAGGAAAGGUCGUGUUGGACUCGGCAUGGAUACGUCGAUCAGAAGACAAUGGAAGACCACUAUUAGUGGAUGAAGAUUGGGGUGGCCUACGAGUGCAAGGUGGUUCAGAUCCUGCGGUCAAGGAUGUCGAGCAAAGUCCUCUGCCGACCCCUCGACAGACACCACCAGAUGGCGUUAUCCCCGAUCAAUCCAGAGAGGAUGUCCCAAUGGUACUUGACCAGCAGAGUCAAAACAGCGUCCUCCUGAAUCCUCCAUCCUUAUCCCAACGUGACAUUAGUUUCAACAGUACAUCAUUUCCUCCACAGCCUCAGCCUCAGCCUCAGCCUCAGCCUCAGCUUCCGCAUCUCUCGCACGGGUCUGUAGUGGAAAUUUCGGACAUUACGGUCGGCCCUAUGGCUCAGGAAACUGCUGCCGUUGUACUGCCGAUUCCUUUGAUUGACACUAUCCGCGAUGUCUUCAGACACCAUGUGUAUAACCCUGCUCAGUAUACUGCUUAUCCUCAACAGCCUCAGAACCAAAUGCAGAUGGGAGUGUUUCCCGCACAAUCAAUGACAACCAACUUCGCCCAGCCAGGUUCAGUUCUCCCAUCAUUCCCGAACACGUCUCAGCCAGCUCCUCUUGAGAACUCCGUUGCAAUGAGUCCUGCACCUGCCAACUUGUCUGUGCCUUCCACGCCUCUGUUGCCCCAAUCAUCUCUAGAAGACCGUCUGACUGCGUCCACGUCUCCACCUCAAACGUUACCUUCCUCUUCGAAGAAACAAGUAUCAUUUAGCUCAAUAAACUCACCUUCGUCAUCUGCCUCCCGCUUCAAGGGCAAGGGUCACGCUUCAUCCCAUGAACGGCCUCUGAACCAUCAUCGACGUGAUAGUCUUCAAGGCGAGAUGUCCUCAUACAGCCCUUCCCCUACACCUUCUCGACGCAGUGUAUCCGGAGCCCCUCGACCUGCGGGCGAAAUUUUCAAACACAAAUCAGGAAAAUCAAUGCUAUUCGUUGUACAGGUUGAUAUCAGAAAUAGGAUAGAUAUUGUGGGUGCUAUAAAGAAACACGGUGGAAAAGUCAUUUCUGAGAUCACUCAAGCAGACUACAUAGUGCUCACCCCAAAUUCCAAGAACUUUCGCGACCUGCUCCAAGCUACUGUCAAUGCUGGAAACCCCGCUGUACAGGCGAGCUUUGUACGCGACUGCGUUGAGGAAGAAGCACUGCUGGAUGAAGGGGCGUACUCGUUCGACAACGUGGUUGUCAAACGAAAACGUGGACGACCAUCUGCAACGGACAGCCCGUCGGCUAAGUCGCGUAUUCGGAAGUCUCCGAAGACGGAGAAAAAUAACACGGAAGAUGAACACGAUGUUGACUCUGAGGAACGAAGCAAGCGGAAAAGGAAGGAGAAGGCGCGCAAUGCCAGUCUCCCGUUGGAUACCUCCAGACCCUCUCCUCCCCCCCCUACAACAGUGGUCAAGUUAUCGGAGGGUAAGAACAUCUUCACGCCUGAAGAGCGAGCGUAUGUGACGGCGUACAUUCCCAUUCUCUUGGAGAGAGAUCCUGACAUGUCGUGGGAUGCUAUGGCCCGGAAGAUGUCAGAGAAAAUACCUUCGCAUCCCAAAGGUUCCUGGAUAUCUCAUCUGAAUAAAAGGCGAGAUGAAAUCGACACUUUCAAGAAGAAGGCAUGGAUCGCAUUCCGGAAGCGUCAGAGCGAAACUACUUCUCCGCCACCUGAAUCUGCUAUAUACAAUGGAACGUAUCCAUCUGGCUCUCAAGCACCUGGACCACGUACGGCUCAACCUGCACCACCCCCUGCGCCUUCAGCGACCAGAGACUUCAAAGUCAUCUGCGACUUCUUUGCCCUCGGUGGUGCAGAUAACAGGACGGACAACGAGGUGUGGAUCGAGUUGGGCAGGCUGCAUCCGACUCGAACCGCUGAAGGAUGGCGCGAUUUCUGGGAGGAGUAUGGCGAGGAUAUAAACGCGGAGGUCCAGAGACUGGCUGUGGUGCAGGAGCGGCAAAUGGCGCAGCAGCAGCAGGAACAGGCGACGUUCACCCGUGGCACACAGAUGAAGAUGGAACCUGUGUAG